UUUCUGUCUUCCUCUCAACCAUCACAACGUCGCACGGGUGCGGCCUGUCCUCGCGGCCUUCUCCUUCGUUCCUCUUGUAUAUCUUGCCACUCCUGCGCCUGGACAAAAUGACCGCUUCCCAGCCUCACUCCAUUCGACCGCUCGCGGUGCUCUUUCGUUAUGAUCUCAAGGGGCACAGAAUCUCCAGGAGAUGCGAAUUCCGUAUCCAUCCGGAGUUGUCCUGUUGAAUGAGAAGCGCGGAGAGGUUCUGUGCUCUUGGGGGCUCGGAGCUCAUGGUCCUCAGACGCCACAACUUGUCAACGCCGCUGAAGCAAGGAUCAGAGCACUGUGUCUGUCUCGCUGUUACCGUCACCUCGACAUCAUUGCGGUCGUACCUUUACAGGCUGACGUUUUCCAAGAGAAUCCGAAUGCACCAGAAGCCACCGACCAGCAUCGUCGUAAUGCACCGAAGACAAACCCCCAGGAAACUCACAAGACCGUACAGGCGGCUUCUCAUAAGCGCUCCCGAUCUGCAGCGAACGGCAAUACGGAUGCUCCUGCCCAUUCGAAGCGCCGCUGCAGUAGUCCUCGCGGGGAAAGCGACUCGGGAGCUCCGACCACCUCCUCGACUACCUCUGCGGAGAAUCGACCUCCGCAAGAACGUCGCACCCACCGGGCCUCGUCGUCUACCAAGCAAGCGAGGUCUGGCUCUGCUCCUCAAGGUGCUAAGAGCUCCGUCUUCCGUGGCUUAGGCAAUUCUCCUGCUGCGUCGCAUCACGAAGAGCAGGUCAAAUCUACGGACUGUGCUGGCGGCAACACAGCUGUACGGGCUCUGGGUUCCUCUGGGUCCGCCGCGUCGUCGUCUAGUGCUCAUCUCGCAUCUCCCUGUGCUGCGGCCGAUUUGGCUCCUGGUGCCUCUUCGGCUGGUCUCCUUGGCGCCUCGGGAUCUCUGAUACUCGGCGGAACGACGGCCCCUGUAUCUGGUGCCUCCAAUGACUCGAUUCCAUCAAACAUACCUGUGACGACCCAGACCGUUGAACUCCAAGACGCGACGGCGAGGCUAGUGUCCCGCUGCCACAAUAAUGCGGUGCAGAUCGCGUCGCUCCAGGAACAGCUGGAGGCCUGCAAGAAGGACAAGAGUGACUUGGAGGUUGAUGUCAUCCUGAUGGAGGUUGCCGUGAGGGCCAAGGAGCAGGAGCGACUGAACCAGGUGGUCCAGUCGCAUAACGAAGCGAUCCAGGAGCUGCAGAGCACGCUGUCGGACGUGACGACGGUACAUGAAGAGCUGCAGGUGCGGUACGACCGCCUUGUUAGAGGUUUGGAUUCUGUGACUGCGUCCAUCGCGCGCCCGUAAGGCGAGCCCAUCCCAGCUGGCUUGGGUGUAGGAUGAUUGGAUACGUCUGUGGACAUAUAUUGAUGUAUCAGUGACAUUUGUUUUGUACCACUGGUUGUGACCUAGAACACAUUCUAUCAUUUUAUAUGUUUCAUACCGAGGUUCCUCCAUGUAUCUGAGUUGUGACCACUCUUCUUCGAUAUCCUCAUCCGCCUUAGUGAUG